CGGUCCGGCCGGCGCAGCCCCUGAUUGGGCGAUUCAAGGGGGGCGCGUUCGUGCGCGGUGACGUCAGCGGCGUGCCCCUUUAUAAACGCGGAGGCGGGGGCGGCGGCGCAGACGCGAGUGCGAUGGACGUCAGCUACGAGGCGUGCGCCGAGGCGGCGAGCUGGCUGCUGGCGCGGCUGCGGGAGCCGCCCCGCGUGGCGCUGGUGUGCGGCUCCGGGCUGGGAGCGCUGGCGCAGGAGCUCUCGGAGCCGCAGAGCUUCGACUACGCCGACAUCCCGCACUUCCCGCGCAGCACCGUGCAGGGCCACGCCGGGCGAUUGGUCGUGGGGCGCCUGGGCUCCGCCCCCUGCGCCGUCCUGCAGGGCCGGUUCCACCUGUAUGAGGGCUACAGCCCCGCCCAGGUGGUGGUCCCCGUGCGGGCCCUGGCCCUGGCCGGAGUGCACACCUUGGUGCUGACCAACGCCGCGGGGUCGCUGCGGCCGCACCUGGGCCCCGGACACCUGCUGGUCAUCCGUGACCACAUCGACAUGGCCGGGCUGGCCGGACGCUCGCCCCUCGUGGGGCCCAAUGACGACAGGUUCGGGCCGCGCUUCCCGGCCAUGACGGACGCCUACGACCCCGGGCUGCGGCGCCUGGCGCUGUCGCUGGCCCCCAAGGAGCUCCGGGCCCGCCCCGGGGUCUACGUGGGCGUGGGGGGGCCCAGCUACGAGACCCCCGCCGAGUGCCGGCUCCUGCGGCGCCUCGGGGCCGACGCCGUGGGUAUGAGCACGGUGUCGGAGGCGACGGCCGCGCGUCACCUGGGGCUGCGCGUGCUGGGGCUCUCGCUCAUCACCAACUCCGCCCCCGGCGACGACGAUGACGACGGCGAUGACGUCACGGGCGGGGGGGCGGGGCCGGACCCGGCCGCGCCCACGGGGCACGAGGAGGUGCUGGCGGCGGCGCAGGAGGGCGCGCGGCACCUGCGGGCGCUGCUGCUGGCCCUGGCGCCCAGACUGGACGAGCCCGGACGCAGCCGGACGCGCCCGGACGCGCCGUGA